UUUAAUUUCAAAAUGUUUGACAUACUACAUCCAGUUGUAAAUAAUUAUUUACCAUUGUUUAUGAUAUUUUAUAACUAUAUUUGCUUGAUAAUAGCAAAAUUACUAUUAAUAUCCUUUAUUAUAUACAUCACUAUUAAGUUUAUUCAAUGCUUUCGAAGAAAUCAGACGAUUACCUCUAAGGGAAAGGCUGUUCUCAUAACAGGAUGUGACACUGGUUUCGGACACCUCCUGGCGCUGAGUCUCAAUGGACUUGGAUUUAGAGUUUACGCCACUGUUUACGACACAAACACUUCCGGCGCACAAAUGCUGUCCAAAAAGUGUCAAUUCAUCGAUAAGAUGGUUGUCAUCAAAAUGGAUGUCACUAACGAUCAGGAGGUCCGACAUGUCUACCAACAAGUAUCUGAAGAUCUCACCAAAAACGAUGUGGUUUUGUGGUCAGUGGUCAACAACGCGGGGCUUAUGCUAUACAGCCGUUUAGAUUGGGGUUCAUUAGAGUCCAUACAAAAUGUGUUUGAAGUCAACGUUUUCGGUGUAUUACGAGUCACCAGAAUAUUCCUACCAUUAAUUAAACAGUCAAAAGGGCGAGUUAUCAACUAUUCCAGUAUAGUUGCCUAUUGUUCACUACAAAACCUCGGGAUAUAUUGUAUGUCAAAAGCAGCGGUACUUAGAUUUUCUGAGACACUCCGUAAAGAAAUGAAUGAAUUCGGUGUCACUGUGUCUACAAUAUGUCCAGGGUAUUAUGCACACACGGAGUUAACUAAUAUAGCGUUGAAAGGCUUGGAAAAGGCGUGGAAUGAAACGGAUGAGUCGGUUAAGAGUGGUUAUGGAGACAAUUAUUGUGAUAAAAUCAAGAAACUGUAUGUCAAGUUGCAGGGUAUGAGUUUUGCGCAAGGCAAUCCCAAUGUUGUGGUCAACGAUAUAAUUGAUGCCAUUAUGAACACCAGCCCUAAGAGUCAUUACUUUCCGAUUGAUGGCAUCGUUGGAAAGUUGGCUUUUUAUUGCAACAAAUAUUUGUGCGAUACCCCCGAUAUUCUUAAUAAAAUGUAACUGGAU